CGCGAACGACGGUGGCGGCGGCGGCGACGAGGAGCGGCCUCGCUCGCCGAGCUGGGGGGGUCCCCCGUGGAGCGCGGGCCCCCGCCGCUGGCUGCGGCCCGCGGCAGCCGCGGCACGACGGCGUGCUGGCGAGCCCCCCCCCCCCUGGCUUUAAAAAAGUCGGGCCUGUCCAGUGGGCCCGAGCAGCGGGCGUGUUACCCCGCGCGUCCACCGAGGGGCUCGUCGUGCUCAAAAUCUGGCCGCAUCUCCCGUGGGCACUGGCCGUUGGCAGCGCUGCGCCAUGGAGACCCCCACGCUGCUGAGUGUGACGUCGCCGCGGGCGGUCGCUGCUGGUGGCAGCAUGGAGUUCGACGCAGAGGCGCAGGCGCAGUGCUGUCCCAGCCCCGCCGCCGCAGCCGCCGCCCAGGAGCCGCGGGCUGGCAGCAGCUCCGAGGCCACCUCCAGCGCCUGCGACGCCGCCGAGGCCAAGGGCGGCACGCGGCCCGAGAGGUCGGCGCGCUUCGAGGCCGGCGUCCUGGUUCUCUCGGCGCUCCUCCUGGCGCUGUUCCUGUCCAUCGACCUGGACCCGGACCGGCCCGAUGCCUCGAAGGCCGCGGCCGUGCUCCUGAUCACGGCCCUCUGGUGGUUUACGGAGAUCGUUCCUCUGACCAUCUCCAGCCUCCUGCCCCUGGUCCUGUACCCGCUGCUCGGGGUCGUGAAGAUGAGCGAGCUCGCAAGCCGCUAUUUCAGUGGCACGUCGUUCCUUUUCGUGGCUGGCUUCUUCAUCGGUCUGGCCAUCGAGCGCUGGGGCCUGCAUUCGCACUUCGCCUGCUGCAUCGUGAGUCGAGCCGGAUCGCGGAUCGAGUUUUUGAUUGCGGGUUUUAUGGUCAGCGUGUGGUUGUUGAGCAUGUGGAUUUCAAACACAGCGACGAUCCUCUGCAUGCUCCCAGUGGCACGGGGAUUCCUGGACACCAUGCCUGCGGGUCACGAGGCAUUUCAGGGCGCGUUCUUGCUGGCAAUGGGCUACAGCGCGACCAUCGGCGGCAUCGCCACCCCUGUGGGGACCCCCACCAAUGGUAUCUUCAUGGAACAGUUCGAGAUCUUCUGGCCUUCAGAGGGCGAGUUCUCCUUCGCGAAGUUUUUCCUCUGCGCCCUCCCCCUCUCUUUCGUGUUGCUGACGAUCGUCUGGAUCGGCUUCUGCGCCGUAUUCGUGUGGGGUGCAAAGGAGCGCAUCCCCAUAGACCGGGAGGUGUUCCGCAGCAUGCAGAAGGAGCUCGGCAAAGUGACUUUCGAUCAGAUGGUGGUGGCAGCGGACCUCCUGGUCCUCAUCGUGCUUUGGUUCACCGCCUCUCCCAUCGGCAGCUUCCCUGGUUGGAAGCAGUACGUCGCCAGCGAGCUCAACAGCGGCUCCAUAGGUCUCGCACUGACACUGCCUCUGUUCUUCCUGCCCUGCGGCUCGCGGCUGCCGGCGUCUUGGCGCCGGCUCGUCGGGGAGGAUCGCUGCCUCUCCCGAGCGCCCCCCCAGGAGGGCGAGCAGCGGGCCCGCCGCAUCCUCGACUGGGACAUGGUGAAGGGCAGCUUCCAGUGGGAGAUCCUGUUCGUCUUCGGGGGAGGCGCGGCGAUCGCACACGGCACCGUCCAGUCCGGACUUGCUGCCUGGGUCGCCGAGAACCUGGGCGCGGUCCAGACCGGCGAGACGGCCUUUCUGCUGAUGGUGGCCUCGGUCAUCUGCUUCGUCACCGAGGUGGUGUCCAACAUGGCUACCCUGUCGAUUUUUGGCUCGAUCAUCGCGGCAACAGCCCAGCUCAAGGGAUACAAUCCCGCGCAGUUCCUCCUCGUCGUGACGUUCGCCUCCUCCUUCGCCUUCAUGCUGCCGAUGGCUGGUGGCCCAAACAUGGUGGUCUAUUCGACUGGCAAGGUCUCCGUGGCCGAAAUGGCGAAGUACGGGCUCGUCCUGAACCUCCUGGCCGUCGUCCUCGGCGGCCUGUACAUGGCCUUCGUGAUGCCCACCCUGCUCGGCUCAUACUCAGACCUCCCGGCGCCAUCCGCGGCUGCUUGAGCCAGUCAUGGACAAGGAGGAGGGGGAUGAGGACGGAGAAGUGGAAUGACUAACGAGAGUUCUGCAUCCCGCGCAUAGCGUGAUCGAUGUGCCUGCUUGUUUCUUACAACAGCGAAGAAGCAGUUUCAAGGAAUACGAGUGCAGAAAGUGGUAGACGUGCCCGAAUUCUUUCUUCAUGCAACCGCGGAGAUGCAGGUUGAAUGUUUUCCUUACGUAGCGCUUGCACGAAUUGCUCUUAUCCGAACGCUGCGGGUCCACAACUCGUAAGGGUUCAUUUCCCACUGCGCGGCCCCCCACAAGUGGGGGCCAAGCUCACAAGCGGUGGCCAAGGCAGGCAAGGUCCUGCAGUCAGGAGGCCCCUGUCAACGGAGGGAGCGGCCCUGACAAUCAGAAGGCGCCCCCUUCCAGAGGUAGCCAGCGGGGCACUGCGUCCCCUCAGCGAUGCUCCGAUGCUCCACAAAAAA